AUGCAACGAACUAGAGGCUCUUCCUCCACUCCCCUGCUCCUCAGGCUAGCUCUGCUGGUCAUGAUGUGGUCUGAAGGAAGCAGUAACGAAGAGAUGCCCGAGAUGAUGCCAUCCGAUACCCUCGACGAAGGCGGAUUCACAAACUUGACAGUUUCUGCCAACAGUUCAAAUGUCACUGGCGACAAUGUUGCCCCGCUGCCUCCUCCGGAUCUGCCGGAAAUAUGCUCAGCUGCUUCUCUUACAACUACAGAUGGAUUUCAGCUUUGCCAGGACGCUUGUAGGAAGAUGGAAUGUUGUUGGAAGCUUUUUGUUGCUUCCUGUGUCUCCGAGCCUGUAUGCCAAGGAUACACGCCCUGCUCGAAUUUGGUAUCCCGAGGGAUCAACCCCGUCGAGUAUGCUUGCGACUAUGAGUAUGACCCUGCUGACUGUGUGUCCAAAUGCGCCCAAGCGACAUGUUGCUUCGCCACAGAUAUAGAAGCGUUUUGUGAACCAGACACCAUUGUCUGCAGCUACUAUGCAACUUGUGAGAUCUUGUAUAGAAAUGCAAAUGCCUACACCAAUACAGCAGCAGAGGAGGCAUGUUUCAGUAAUUUACAGCAGGAUCUUGCACCUUGUGUGGAAGUUUGUGCUGAAGCCAUCUGCUGCUUUACAACCGAUGCUUCCAAGGCUUGUGACGUGACAAACCCCACCCUUGACUGCAGCGAAUACUUUGCUUGUGGGUUCUUGUUUUUCAAUGAAAUGAAUGUGGUUGAUCUUGCUUGCUAUGGAGGGCACACUGAUGAGUGCAUUCGGCUGUGUGGUCCAAGUCCUUCAUAUCAAGCAUGCCAAGUACUUUAUUAG